CCCUUCUUCACUUGCCCUUCUGUACCAAAGCUUCAAUCUUUUUCAAGAUUCUUGCCAAAUCUUGAACCCCAUUUUCUCAAAAAUAAAAAUAAAAAUGAAGGUAAUUGAGAAAAUUCAAGAAGCAGCCAAAGAUGACAGGGUAGUAUUUUCUUUUGAAUUCUUUCCACCAAAAACUGAAGAUGGUGUUGAAAAUCUGUUUGAAAGAAUGGAAAGAAUGGUUGCACAUAACCCAUCAUUUUGUGAUAUAACAUGGGGUGCUGGUGGUUCUACAGCAGAUCUAACACUUGAGAUUGCUAAAAGGAUGCAAAAUAUGGUGUGUGUUGAAACUAUGAUGCAUUUGACAUGUACUAAUAUGCCUGUUGAGAAGAUUGAUCAUGCUCUUGAUACUAUUAAGACUAAUGGUAUUCAAAAUGUUCUUGCUCUUCGUGGUGAUCCACCACAUGGUCAAGAUAAGUUUGUUCAGGUUGAAGGUGGUUUUGCUUGUGCCCUGGAUCUGGUGAAGCAUAUGCGUGCCAAGUAUGGGGAUUACUUUGGAAUAACUGUUGCAGGUUAUCCAGAGGCACAUCCUGAUGUUAUUCCUGCUAAUGGAAUAGCUACAAAAGAGAUAUAUGAGAAUGACCUUGCUUAUCUCAAAAGAAAGGUUGAUGCUGGAGCUGAUCUUAUUGUAACUCAACUCUUUUAUGAUACUGAUAUUUUCCUCAAAUUUGUCAAUGAUUGCCGCCAAAUUGGAAUUAAUUGUCCCAUCGUUCCGGGUAUCAUGCCCAUUAACAAUUAUAAGGGCUUCUUGCGCAUGACUGGAUUUUGCAAGACUAAGAUUCCAGAAGAGAUAAUGGCUGCCUUGGAACCUAUUAAGGACAACGAAGAGGCUGUCAAAGCCUAUGGAAUUCACCUUGGAACUGAAAUGUGCAAAAAGAUUUUAGCCACUGGCAUUAAGACCUUGCAUCUUUAUACAUUGAACAUGGAGAAAUCAGCAUUGGCUAUUAUGAUGAAUCUUGGAUUAAUAGAAGAGUCCAAAAUUUCUAGGCCAUUGCCUUGGAGACGUCCUACAAAUAUUUUCCGUGUUAAGGAAGAUGUUCGUCCUAUUUUCUGGGCAAAUCGUCCAAAGAGCUACAUCUCAAGGACCUUAGGUUGGGAUGAAUACCCACAUGGUAGAUGGGGCAAUGCUCAUAAUCCAUCAUAUGGAGCACUUACCGACUAUCAGUUCAUGCGCGCACGCUCAAGAGACAAGAAGCUUCAAGAGGAAUGGGCUGUGGCUUUGAAUAGCGUGGAAGAUAUCUACGAGAGAUUUAAGGACUACUGUCUCGGGAAGCUGAAGAGCUGCCCGUGGUCUGAACUAGAUGGUCUUCAGCCAGAGACGAAGAUCAUAAACGAAAAGUUAGGUCAUGUCAACACGAAAGGUUUCCUGACUGUUAACAGCCAACCAGCUGUUAAUGCUGAGAAGUCCGACUCUCCUUCUGUUGGAUGGGGUGGCCCUGGUGGAUAUGUUUAUCAAAAGGCUUACUUGGAGUUCUUCUGCUCUAAGGACAAGUUGAACACCCUCGUUGAAAAAUGCAAGUCUUUCCCUUACCUAACCUACAUGGCUGUAAACAAGGAAGGAAACUGGAUCUCCAACGUCAACCAAACCGACGUGAACGCGGUGACAUGGGGAGUUUUCCCAGCUAAGGAAAUUAUACAACCGACAGUCGUGGACCCCUCCAGCUUCAUGGUAUGGAAGGAUGAGGCAUUUGAAAUCUGGUCAAGAGGAUGGGCUCAAUUGUACCCAGAGACUGAUCCAUCAAGAAAAUUGCUUGAACAAGUUCAAAGCAGUUACUUCUUGGUCAGCCUUGUCGAUAACGACUACAUCAAUGGCGAUUUGUUUUCCAUAUUCAAAGAUAUCUGAAUUAAGCAACAAAACUCAGCUUCUCAUCCUUUAUAGUCCCAUUUAAUCCCAAGAAUUUUUCAUGUUAUUAUUAUAAUUGUUGUUCUAUGGUCUUGUAAUCGGAAUAAUUUAAAGGGAAAACCCCUUCAUUUUUUUCCUCUGCAAAUCUGAUAUACGUUGCCUUCUGGCUUCAAUAUUUGCAAAUUUAUAAGCAAAUAGUGCUUCCAUGCA